AUGACGAUGGAACUUAAAUGGAACAAGCUUCCACUCAAAGAAGCAGAAGUAAGUUUAGCAAAAGUGUUACGUUGUGGUCAAACUUUCCGAUGGAAAAGUAUAAAUAAUGUAUGGUCAUUUGCUAUACUGGAUCGAAUAGUUUUAUUACGACAAGAUCCAGAUCAUAUCUACUAUUCACAGAUAUUGGCGAAACAGAAAAGCAAGGCAGGUGAUAUACCUUUACACCCUGUCGACGAGAAUGUUUCGAAAUCGACUCUCAACUUCAUUCAGGAUUACUUUGCCCUUGAUGUGAAAUUAACAGAUUUGUACCACCAAUGGAAAUUGAAUCAUAAACCCUAUAUCACUACUAAAGUGAAGCAGCAAUCGCCAUUUGAUUUGUUCAGUGGCAUACGCACACUAAGACAAGAUCCUUGGGAAUGUCUCAUUUCAUUCAUUUGUUCAUCGAACAAUAAUGUUAAACGAAUCCUGAAAAUGUGCGAUAAUUUAUGUAUAAAUUUUGGCAACCACAUCAAUGAUUAUGGUGGAAUUUCGUUUUAUUCCUUUCCCGGUCCACGACAGCUAUCAGCCGAUCCUUCAAUAGAGACGAAGUUACGAGAAUUGGGAUUCGGAUAUCGUGCCAAGUACAUUUAUCAAACUGCAUGUAAAUUCACUGAUGAUGUAAACUACCCCGAUAUAAAUCUUGAUAGAUUGAAUGGUUUACGUCAUGCAUCCUAUGAAGAAGCCCAUGAAUUUUUAUUACAAUUAACAGGUGUGGGGCCCAAAGUGGCUGAUUGCAUAUGUUUAAUGUCAUUAGAUAAAUCAAAUAUUGUCCCUAUUGAUACUCAUGUUUAUCAAAUUGCCGUUCGUGACUUCAAAUACAAAGGUGGUAAAAAGGAGGUCAAGACAUUGAAUAAAGCAAUGCAUGAUGAUAUAAGACGGUUUUUCCAAGAUAUAUUUGGUGAUUAUGCUGGUUGGGCACAAUCGGUUUUGUUUGCUGCUGAUUUAUCUGAUUUGAAUAAUGGCGUCAAUGUUAUUGAGGUAAAGAGAGAGAAAAUGGGUGGUGAUAAGGGUGUUAGUGUGAGUGUUCAGCAGGAAAUUGAGGGUAAGGAGGGAGAAAAGAGUUUGAGUAAUGCAGUUAAGAGGGUUAAAUCGGUAAAGGUGGAAUCAGGGAAUAAAAGAGUCAAAAGCAUAAAGACAGAAACCUCAAUCACUGUCAAGUCAUGA